AACGGUGGGCGUUCAAUCACCACAGUUUUGUUGUGGUGUGGUCCACUUGAGAAUGUCACAAUUUUGGUCUCGUGUCGAUUAAAAUGAUCUGAAAAACAUAGAUGAACGGUGUGGAUAAAACACACGUCAUGUUGGACCCACAGAGCACCGUCCAGUAGCUAACUCAUUACUCGCAGUAUCAACUGUUAACUCCUUCGGUAAUGAGAUUUUCAAAAUCUCGGCGAUAUUUGUAAACUGCUCUAGAUCCGUUUACAAAGGCCGCCUGAAUCGCGCUGCACCAGAGAAUGAAAUUACGCGACCGGUUCAAACACGGAUUCUCUUCCCCUCUCAGCACGUGCCACCACCCCCAGGCACUACUGUAUAAAGACGCAAAACCCUCGUCCAUCAUGCAUUGGUAGCGUGUGAUUGUAUACGUGAAAACGAAAAAAAUAAAAAACAUAAUGAAAAUGUCGACUCUUCCUUUCAAGCUUCUCCUACUCUUCAUCGUCCUCCUCGUCUCUCAGUCCUACGCCUCCAAAUCCCAGGGCGGAUACGGCAUGAAACAGCUCCGUAAGACCUGCAAGCGCACCACGAAAUACAACCAAUGCGUGAAAUCUCUCAGGACCGAUUCCCGCAGCUUCACCGCCAACGAGUGCGGCCUCGCGAAGAUAGCACUCGAGAUUGCGCUUGCAGAUGCUAACAAACUAUAUAAAUUAUCUAUUUCACGUAGGAAGAAGAAGGGCGUUGAUGAUGCGACGAUCCGGGCCUUGGAGAGUUGUACCGAGUUGUAUGGUGGUGCAAUCGAUGGGCUCCAGCAAGCAGUACAAGCAAUGGACUCCAAAGACUACAAAAAUGCCAAAGUAUAUGCGGGUCAGGCAAUAAACGCCGCUGACACAUGCAAUCAAGAGUUCAAGGAGUUUGACCUGAAAAUACCUUUCACUAAGAAGAAUGAAGCUUUCGGCCAGCUCUGCUCUGCUGCUUUAGAUCUCGUUUCGCUUCUUUAAGUUGGCGUUUCGUUGCAUCAAAUAUCAAGGAUUUUCAUGAUAUUUCUUAAUUAGUCGGUCCAACUUGUGCAUGAUAAGUGCAACCAUGCUGAUUUUUUA